GUGGCAUUUAUGUUGUAUUUUUUAAGCUAUAACCUUAAAAUAAAUCCAGUUUGAAUACCAGUGUUAAUUUUUAUGAAUCAUAUACAGACAAGUACAAUUAUUUGUUCAUGGAUUGGAUAACUUUGAAUUCAGAUGUGUCCACAGUGCGUACAUUAUCGUAAAGAGGAGUACCAAUCAACAACAACAACACCACCAGUUAGUGUACAAAGCAACGACGAAGAUAUGCCAACACCCGUGAUAGUUUGCCGGCUUUCAGUUUACAUCUCUCUUUGUCUCACCGUAUCCAGUCUCUACCUGCCGGAGAUGGACGAGUCAGCAAGCGUGAGGCGGCCAAGUCGGUCAACAGGGCGUCUUCCUUCCCAAAACGAUCUCCACGUACAGUAUCGCAUCCCAAGAUCAACAGAUUCCGAAAGCUCCUCCUGGCAAAAACGUCAGUCAGUCUACAAGGUUUUCUCCAAUAUGAUGGCGCGUCACGCCAACCGACAUAACAACGACAGAGCGUUCGUUGAUAGGCUUUUUAACUUAUUUGACCUUGAUGGUGAUCGAGUGAUAGAAAGAAGAGAAUUUAAAGCCGUGUUACAGAUUUUAGGGAUUGUUAGCCAUAAUUUUUAGUGAAAUCAUUUCAAUAAUGUAUAUAUGUGAACAGUAUAAAGGCCUGUGAUAUGAUACGAUGUCAAACAAGUAUUGAAAUGAAACGCAUAGGAACAUUUUGAUUUUUUUAACAUUCCAUCCUUGGUGACAGUCUGUGGAUCUGUGAAGAAACGGGUAGAUGCCGAGGAAUUACUUCGCGGGUAUUGUGCAAUAUUUGGUGUCCAUGGUAACGAUAUCACAAACAGUCGCUGUUACCAUGGAUAUAUUCAUCGGAGAUGGAUGGGGAAGUGCAAAGCGCGAAAAGAGGAUUACCAAGGACACUAUUUAGCAGAAAUAAAACAUUGUACAGAUAGUAAAUUGUUGACUUAUGUUCGGAAUAUAUUGUAAUCUUUUUAAAGUAUACGACUGUCUUUUGAACUUAAUGACCCUGUUUCAUGUCUGUUCUCGGAAACACCAACGCUACUGAUAUUUGAUAUAUAAUGGCUAUAAAUACCCUCGUCAUCAGACGCCUCCGAAAACCAUAUAUCAAAACUUGGUUAGAUUAGAGCAGAUUACGACAACACAGCCCAUUCGAUAUCGUAAGGAGAGGUGGAUUUGUUUAUAUAAGUCCUUGCUCUUUGCCUACAGCUGACAGUGAAGCAUUUUUCUUUUAUGAGUGUUUACCAGAAUA